AUGGUUAACUAUUAUGAAGUGCUGGGGGUACAGUCGAGUGCCACCCCGGAGGACAUCAAGAAGGCCUACCGGAAGCUGGCCUUGCGCUGGCACCCUGACAAGAACCCUGACAACAAGGAAGAGGCUGAGAAGAAGUUCAAGCAGGUGUCCGAGGCCUACGAGGUCCUGUCCGACUCCAAGAAGCGCUCGCUAUACGACCGGGCUGGCUGUGACAGCUGCGGGGCCGGUGGCGGGGCCAGCACCCCUUACAACAGCCCCUUUGACAGCGGCUACACCUUCCGCAACCCCGAGGACAUCUUCCGCGAGUUUUUUGGUGGCCUGGAUCCUUUCUCCUUUGACUUCUGGGUCGCCCCCUUCAACAGUGACCGUGCCAGCCAGGGCCAUGGCCUGAGGGGCGCCUUCUCCAACUGCUUCGGUGAGUUCCCAGCCUUCAUGGAGGCCUUCUCCGCUUUAGACAAUCUGGGCCGCGGGGGAAGCGCUACCCGCACCACCUUCUCAUCCACCUCCUUCGGGAGCUCUGGCUCUGGCAGCUCAGGGUUCAAGUCAGUGAUGUCGUCCACCGAAUUGGUUAAUGGACACAGGGUCACCACCAAGCGCAUUGUGGAGAACGGGCAGGAGCGUGUGGAAGUGCAAGAGGAUGGGCAGCUGAAGUCGUUGACCAUCAACGGCAAGGAGCAGCUUAAACGAGUGGACAGCAAGUAA